AUGCCGUACAUUAAGGUGGAAACAUCAGAUGGAGAAAUUAUCGACGUCGAUGCUGUGAUCGCAAAGUGCUCGUCCACCAUCAAAACGAUUAUGGACAAUCUGAGCCUAGAGGGCAACCUUUGGGAAGUGAUACCACUAUCCAACGUGGACUCCAACAUCCUGCGGAAAAUCCUACUAUGGGUCAACUAUCACAAGGACAAUCCAACGGAGGAAGAUUGUGAUGGGGAACUGAACGACAGGCGCACCGACAACAUCUGCCACUGGGACAGGAAGUUCAUGGAAGUCGACCAGCAAACGUUGUUCAAGCUGAUGCAGGCCGUACACUAUUUGAAUAUCAGAGGACUGGUGGUGUUGACGUGUAAAACUGUUGCCAACAUGAUGAAGGGAAAGACACAGGAUCAGGUGAGGGGAAUGUUCAACAUCACGAAUGAUCUAACUAAGGAACAGCAGGAUCAAUUUCGCAGGCAGCAUGAAUGGUACCAGGAAUAUAAAAGUGAUUCGGAUUAG